AUGCCGGUGCGCAAUAAUGACAAGAAAAAACCCAGAAAAACCCAAUCACCCGUCCAUCUAGCAGUCGCCGAACCCACCUCUGAAAUUUACCUCACCCACUCUCCUGCCGCCGUCGUCGCCUUCCUCCAACCCUUCCUUCCGCCGAGAAGCAGCAACAGCUUCAAUACCAAUCUAAUGACGACGAGAGCAGUUGGUCGUCGUCUGGUCAGUGAGCUCCAUCCGCUAGAUCUGAAAUCGUCUUGUCAAGGAUCUUGGUUUGGGGGUUGGGUGCAUUUUGAAUCUAGAAUGUUGUUGGAGUGGAGAUUUGGGAGGAAGAAGCAGUGUCGGCAGGGUGAGUGGCGCGAGGUGGAGAGAGUAGAAGGAGAGGGAGAAGAGCUCCGGCAAGAAUCCAGUGGUGAUGGAAGAAUCGAGACAGUUUGA